AUGGCAUCAGACGGUCGGUAUAACAAGGCCGUCAUGGCGUUUGGAGCAUACAACGCGUCCCGCAAUGAAGGCGACCUCAAGAGCGCUCUUAGUCACUUCCAGGAAACAAUCAGAUUGCUCCGUCGAACAAGCCACCCGAAGCUUGCACUCGCUUUGACCAACUACGCAUACGCGCAAUGGAUCCAUUGCGAGCGAAAUGGCAAGCCCGAGGUCGAAGUCAAGUCAGUUAUCGAGCUGUACGAGGAGGCCAGGCGCGUUUGGAAGAAGGAUUCCACCGUGCUCCACACCAACCUCAGGAACGCCUAUCUUGAGAUGUAUGCCCAACAGCGAUCCCGCACCGAUAUGAUAGCGAACGCUAUCAAGUGCCACGAGCAGGCUCGUCAUCCCAGCAGCGACGGUAAACAGAAGCAGAAGGUGGUGGCCACAAUCAAGCCUGCCACUGCACUUUCAACUCGCCGUGAACAGCAGAGCAAUACCAAUCGGCUUGACAAAGCCAUCGCCUUCCUGGAAGACACUUCGAAGUUCUUCAAACCAGGCUCUGACGAUUUUCACCAUGCGCACAGCGAGUACGAGCUCGGAAACGCGUACAAUGUCCGCUAUAAACGCGGAGGCAACGUGAGAGACCUCAACCUUGGCAUUCUACACUUCCGGAACGCGAUCGACUCUUAUCCCGAAGGCGACGAAGACGGCUGCUUCGCUCAGUUUGCGUUAUCACAGACACAGCUGGUUCUGUACCAUGCCUUGAAUGACCCUCGAGACCUGGAAGAAGAGGAGGUCAACGCUGGGAAUGGGUUGGAGCAAGCUGCUCAGCUUUCAAACGCAGAGCUUGAGAGGAAUUUCUCCACGUUGAUCAAACACGUAAGGAGCGCCCGAGAGUAG